AUGUCGAGCCGGGUGCCUAUUUUUCUUGCGGUUAUCUUAGUGAUUAUACUCAUAUCCGAAAUAAAAGGUGAACAGCAAAGCGCUGAAAAUCAUUUGGAGGAAGGCAAUCCUCAGCUUCAACUUAUUUUGGAGACCAUAAAUCAACACGAGCUUCAGAGAGUAAAGGAAAUGAUUGAAAAUGCAAAAUUGGAUAUUGUAAAACAGCGACCCAAUAGCAAGAGAUUGCGAUGGAAUCGCAAAGCGAGUUUCCCAAACCGCAAGGAUCCUGGAAAAUUGGAACAUAGAGCAUUUGUCACUACCACCCCGACAUCUGAGCAAAGCAAUUCGGAUUACAUUAAUGUAAACAAUUAUUUGCCCACCCCCGCUCCUUGGUGGUUUAACUAA